UCUGAGCCUUAUUCAGUCUUUCUCUGAUGUCUCAGGUCUACGUCUCAACCUAAACAAAUGUGAACUUCUUCCUGUUAAAGAUUGUGCUUUAGAAUCUAUCUGCAACAUUCCUGUAAAAGAAAAUGUAACAUAUUUAGGCAUUAUUAUUUCCAAAAAUAAUUUAGAAAGAUGCUCAUUAAAUUUCACUCCCCUCAUUGAUAAAGCCAAGAAAUGUUUUAACCAAUGGCUUCAGAGAGACCUGAGUCUGAGAGGAAGGAUUUUACUCUCCAAAGCAGAAGGGAUUUCUAGACUAACUUACUCUGCUCUUUCUCUGCACCUGGACAAUCAGACUCUUAAAUCUAUUGAUCAAAUGCUGCUAAACUUCAUCUGGAAAAACCGUUUUCAUUAUUUAAAAAAAUCUGUAUUAAUGAACUCCUAUGAAAAAGGAGGCCUAAAUUUUCUUGAUUUUACUACUUUAAAUAAUACUUUUAAAAUAAACUGGAUUAAGUCAUAUUUAAAAAAUCCACUCUCCAUUUGGAAUAUUUUCCCUCAUCACAUGUUUGCUAAAGUAGGUGGUUUCCAUUUUCUUCUGCUUUGUCAUUAUAAUAUCGACAAAAUCCCAGUGAAACUUUCUGCUUUUCACAGACAAACUCUUCGUUCAUGGGCACUUAUCUAUAAACACAAUUUUUCCCCUCAUAAGUUUUUUAUUUGGAAUAAUAGAUAUAUCCUUUACAAGAACAAUUCUUUAUUUUACAAUAAUUGGUUUGACAAUAAUAUCCUACUGGUGGGUCAGCUCUUUAACCACAAUGGUCAAUUACUCAGAUAUGAAGAAUUUAACCUUAAAUACAACCUUGCUGUUCCUCCUAAAGAGUAUGCCAUUGUUUUUGAUGCUGUCACUAAUGAAAUCUGUGAACUCUUUAUAAAUACUGUACUUGAUGCAAAUAUUCCCUUCAUAUCUCUAAGUGACACCACUAUUGGAAAAUCCUGUUUCAACUGUGCCAGAAAAAAUAACAAGAUCAUACGUGUUUCAGCAAAAUGUUAUUUCUGUUCCUCUGCUGUUUUUUAUUGGAGAAAAUUUAUUCCUGACUUGCCCUGGAAAAAUGUUUGGACCCUGCAUCAGAAAUUAUUAAUUAAUAACAUGAUGAGAGACGUGUCCUUCAAACUCCUACAUAGAAUCUAUCCCACUAAUCAAUACAUGCUCAGAUAUAAGAAGACAAUUGACCCCAACUGUACCUUUUGUAAAGAACACCCAGAAACAAUCAGUCACCUAUUUUGGAACUGUAAUACUACUAAAAAACUUUGGAAAGAUUGUGCACGUUUUAUAAAUUAUAAAUUAGACUCACAAUAUCAGAUAAAAUUUGAACAUAUCAUAUUUGGCCUACACGAAAAGAAUAUAAGAUCAAACGUAAAAUUGGCAAUUAAUCUAAUUAUAAUAUUUGGUAAAUUUCAUAUUCACAAAUCAAAAUUUUCUUCAUCACAACUUUUUUUCCCUUUAAUAAUUAAAGAAUUAGAAUCUUAUUUACAUACUAUUUCUAAUAGUUUAAAAAAAAAACCAGGAGAAGCCUCAAACGCCGCAAUCUUGGCUGCAAUUGAAAGCCUCAAAAGCAUGAUGACGGACUUUAAGUCGGAGCUGCAGCAAAACACUCUGACUAUAUCCGCUAUCGCCAAAGCCGUGGAGUUUAACUCUGCUGAAAUCAAAGAAUGUAAAGACAAAAAUAAAAAGUUGGAAGAAGAAGUGAAACAUCUGAAAGAGAAAAAUGUGGAGUUGGAGCAGAGAACAUCAGAGAUGGAAAAGAAAACGUUGGAGUCAGAAAGAUACAAGAGAAGAUGGAACUUGAGACUGAAUGGUGUUAAAGAAGAGAAAGGGGAAGACACUCGAGGAAUUGUGGCAGAUAUCAUCACAAAGAUCGCACCACCCUGGACAGAGAAAGUGGACAACAUUCUGGACACGGUACACCGGCUGGGCCCAACCGACGUCAACCGCCCUCGUCAAAUCAUCAUUCAGUUCACAGGAAGGAGAUACAGAGACGAGCUGUGGCGAAUGACUAAACACCAUCCAGUCUGUCGAGACCUCAACAUCCGCUUUGCAGAAGACCUCAUCAAAGAAGACAGAGAGGCAAGGAAAGCUGUGUGGCCUAAAGUUGAGCAGGCGAGAAAGAAUGGUUGUAAGACAAUGUUUCGAGGUCCUUAUGCUUUCAUUAAUGGUCAGAGAGUCACACCAUGA